CACGCACCCGCCAAAAUGUCCCCAAAAUCCGACAUGAUCAAGAACGAUGCCUCGCGCAUCCAAUCCUCUCAGAUACCUCCGGCCCAUUCUCCAUAUUCCAAGAUCAAGACUGAUAUCACAGGCCUCCAACGGACGCGACAUGUCCUCCAGCGGCUUCGCUGCUCGUGCUCAAGGCGCUGGUGAUCGUAACGUUAAUGCGGCCGGCGGAUCGUCUGGUACUGGUGCUGCAAAGGGUGUUUGUGGUCUACAAGAUAAGGGCGGAAAUGGUGGAAUUCAGGGCGGUGGUGCUGGUGUUAAGAAGUGAGGGCAUUGGGAGACGGAUUGUUUUGAAAGAGGAGGUUCUGUGAGAGGAUGUGGG